GUCGCCCCAUGGAAAUCUAUAAGAAUGUGACCUAUUGGUACCAGUAACAUCUCCCAAACAUGGGCCGUAAAACCAACAUUGUAUAGGUACCGAAAACCAUGGAUCAGCGCGUUAUCACUUUUUAGCAACGGUAUGCCUGUAUACACGUUGUCUGCAAGAAUGGAAGGAUAACCUGUAAUUACUCCACAAGAGUGGAUGAGGACAGAAAUAGAAGAGAGGUUUACUUAAAGUGACAAGAUAAUUUCUACGAUAUCAUUAUGCCAACUCUGACAGUGUAUACUAAUGUUCCGCGGCAGGAUUUCCCGGACAACUUUUUGGCCGACACGGUCAAGCUGGUCUGCAGGUUACUUAACAAACCUUUCAAGGGAGUUGCAGUGAUUCUCUGCAACGACGUCGAGAUGCUUGUCGGUGAGGCCAUCGACCAGGUGAUCAAUGUUCAAGUGAUCGGUGUUGGCGACUUCCAGGACGAGGUCAAGAAUGAUCAGUUUGUAUCGGCCAUACUUGAAUAUCUUCACGAGACCACGGGAACAAACACAGAAUCGAUCAGUGUUUCUUUGAAGGAUCUCUUGCCCAUUCAGAUUGGAUUUGCCGGAGGAGAGCUGGCCUUCGACAAAAUUCAGAAACGAAAACUACAGAAGCAAGAGGAACAAGCAAAGUCCGAAACACCACAGAACGACAGAUGAGGUGUCGAGUUAUCACACACUCCAAAAUGCCAGUGUUAAACCUAACACCAGACUGAUAUCCACAUGUGACCACAUCAGACAGGUGUAAAAACUACACUGGUUCAGAGAACGUUUGACAUUGACAUCGAUCAGUGUUGUUUUAGCACUUCUCGGUGUAAUCAUAAAAUACUAGUAACAUCUGCCAACGUCUAGAUACAUCAUAAAGGAGCAAAAAAAAAAAAUAAUAAUUGUAAACUCUAAAAAGAAACUGUGGUGUUAAUGUUAAUCAGUGACGGAUCCUGAUGAGUGACAUCAGCGGCCCGUUGCAGAAAGAGUUGCAAUCAAUCGCAACUCUAAACAUCAUGUGCAACUUCAUUUUCAGCCAAUCAACAGUG